UUAAUUUGACCACACUGGAUAAACUCCUUGGUUAGAUGACUUAGAUCGGCUUUCAGGGCACAGUCCGAGCACAGAUCCACUAUUCUCUCUCUCUCUGCAAGCAAUGGUGGCGCAGAGGGGGCUCAUCAUAUCUCUCUUAGUAAUGCUUCUUUGGGUUCUGAGCGUCAACGCUUCUGUGCACGAUUACGCUGGAGAGAGAUUCAUCAGCAAGGGAAAUGCUUUUGUCGUCCAUGGAGGCAGCGAGGGUCUGUAUUCUUCGGUACCAAACAAAAACGAGAGCUCAAACUACGGAAAUGGAGAUUCUUAUAUACGUUUUGAAAAGAUUACUUUCCGGAGGCCAAAGGAAGCUGCUCAGUCCCAAACUGGCUUGGUCCAUGCCAUUGUUUUUGAGGUAGAAGAUCGAGAUACAAUUGGUGGUUCAGCCUAUGGUGGUCAACGAGCUAUUUGUUGCACUUCAGAUCUUGCUAAGCUUGGUGCAUGCACAGAAGGGGAUGUCAUACACCGCCCAUCAACCCGACAUGCCAACUGGCCUCAAGUGUUUCAUGUCCCUUUAAAUGGAGAUGUUGCAACGCUCCAACUAAAGUCCAUACAGAUCACAGAAACCGGGAUGUAUAACCUGUAUUUCAUUCAUUGUGACCCAAACCUUAAAGGGUUGGUUAUAGAGGGGAAAACCAUAUGGAAAAACCCUACUGGAUAUCUACCUGGGAGGAUGGCACCACUGAUGAAGUUCUAUGGGUUCAUGUCACUUGCUUUUGUAGUACUUGGCAUCUUCUGGUUCUCUCAAUAUGCAAGAUUUUGGAGAGAAAUUCUUCAACUUCAGAACUGCAUAACCUUAGUGAUUGCAUUGGGUAUGUUUGAGAUGACAUUAUGGUACUUUGAGUAUGCUGAAUUCAACAAGACAGGAAUCAGACCAACUGGGAUAACCAUAUGGGCUGUCACAUUUGGGACUGUUAAACGCACAGUUGCACGUCUUAUCAUCCUGAUGGUUUCCAUGGGCUAUGGAGUUGUGAGACCUACACUAGGAGGUCUGACAUCAAAGGUGAUUAUGCUUGGGGGGACAUUUUUUAUAGCAUCUGAAGUGCUCGAACUGGUAGAGAAUGUUGGCGUCAUAAAUGAUCUUUCUGGGAAGGCAAAGCUUUUUCUGGUUCUUCCUGUAGCCAUCUUGGAUGCUUUCUUCAUUCUUUGGAUAUUUACUUCUCUCUCCAUGACUCUGAAUAAGCUUCAGGCAAGACGAAUGAUGGCCAAAUUAGAAAUUUACAGGAAAUUCACCAAUGCGCUGGCAGUAGCUGUUAUUGUGUCUGUUGGUUGGAUCUGCUAUGAGCUUUACUUUAAAUCAAGUGAUGUAUACAAUGAGCGGUGGCAGAGUGCAUGGAUCAUUCCUGCCUUCUGGCAGAUUCUAUCUUUCUCUCUUCUCUGUGUCAUUUGUGUGCUUUGGGCUCCAUCUCAGAACUCUACACGGUAUGCGUACUCUGAGGAUACAAGUGAGGAGUUCGACAAGGAAGAUACUUUGACCCUCAUAAAACCUUCCACUCCUCUACCUAAGGAUGUUCAGAGCUCAUUGGAAACCAGACCUCUGCAUAGUAGUGAUGGGACACAGGAUGAGAAUCUGGAGGAAGACAAAACAGAAUAGGAGUCGGCCCACAUCAAUCAUUACUACGCUUACUUUCGUUGUCUCUCCGACUCGUGUUGUACCUUUAGAUUAGCUGCUUAGCAGAUGCCAUAGAGGGAAGAUUUCAAUUGGAAUAGAUGACGGGGAGAUUUUUUUUCCUGCUUUUGUAUCUUUAUUUUUUGUUAAUGUUUACUACAUGGGUUCAAGUUGUACCGUCGUGAUCAUUGUAUCGUUACUAUGUGAUUUUUUUUAAGCGGUCGUUACUUUGUGAUCAAGCUUCGGUCCAUUUGUCUGUCA